GUUUGAACCAUGUUCCGCAACCAAUACGACGGCGAUGUAACAGUCUGGAGCCCACAGGGACGUCUUCACCAAGUCGAAUAUGCCGUUGAGGCGAUGAAGCAAGGUUCGGCAACUGUUGGAAUCAAGAGUGAAACCCACGCUGUCAUCGUCGCCCUGAAGAGAGCGCAAAACGAUUUGUCGUCUCAUCAGAAGAAAGUGUACGAAAUUGACACUCACGCUGGAGUUUCCAUCGCUGGUCUCCUCUCCGAUGGUCGCAUCUUGGCUCGCUACCUCCAAACCGAGUGCUCGAGUUGGCGUUGGGAUUACAAGCAAGCGGUUCCAAUCAAGAAGCUCGCUGAAUCUAUGCAAUUGAAACUUCAAGCCAAUACACAAUAUUAUGGCCGUCGUCCAUUCGGAGUUGGAAUUCUGAUUGCCGGAUAUGACAAAGAUGGAGCACACAUCAUUCAAACUGACCCAUCUGCUGAAGUCGUCAGCAUGCAUGGAACUUCAAUCGGAGCAAGAUCUCAGUCUGCGCGCACUUACCUCGAGAGAAAUGUUGAUAACUUCGAGAAAUCAACUCCGGAACAAUUGAUUGUCCAUGCUCUCCUUGCUCUUCGCGACACACUUCCAGCCGAAGAAAACCUCAACGCUCAGAAUACGUCUAUUGGAAUUGUCGGGAAAGAUUCUCCAUUCAGUCUUCUCGAAGAUGCUCAAGUCGCCGUUCAUCUCAACCAAGUUUCCACACAUCCACGCACAACUGGCGGAGCAGCAGCAGCAGCAGCUCCAGGUGGCGCCGAACCAAUGCAAAUGUAGAUUCUAAUUUGAAUCACAGACCAUGUGAAUUACUUUCGUCUCCAUUUCUUUUUUAUGUGACCCGUAUAAUUUAUCGCCGGUUAAUCUCCCUCUCGUUCCCGAAUUAAAUUAUUUUCCUGCUCCAAAAGAUUGAUUACAUAUUAAUUUCCUUUUUCCGUUCAACAGUCAUGUAUAUGUUGCAGAAAGAACAUUAAAGG